GGAGGAAGAGGAGGAGGAGGAGGAAGCCCCGCCAUGGCCCUGCUGCCGGCCUGCCUGCUGCUGGCCUGGCUGCCGGCCGGUUGUCUCUCCCUGCUGGUGACAGUGCAGGAUACUGAGCGUUACACCACCUUAUUUGCCAGCGUCAUCCUCAAGUGUGAUUACAGCACCUCAGCACAGCUGCAGGAUGUCGUGGUGACCUGGCGCUUCAAAUCCUUCUGCAAGGACCCCAUCUUUGACUACUACUCAGCCUCGUACCAGGCCAGUUUAGCUCUUGGCCAGGACCCUUCUGAUGACUGCAACGACAGCCAGCGAAAGGUGCGCAUUGUCAUCCAGAAAUACGGACAGAAUGAGCCUGUGCUGGGUGUCGACUACCGGCAACGGAAGAUCACCAUUCAGAACCGGGCAGACCUUGUCAUCAGUGAGGUCAUGUGGUGGGACCAUGGUGUGUACUACUGCACUGUGGAAGCACCAGGAGAUACCUCAGGUGAUCCAGACAAAGAAGUUAAGCUAAUUGUGCUGCACUGGCUCACAGUACUCCUCAUCAUCCUCGGUGGCCUCCUCCUCCUCCUGCUGAUAGGAAUAUGCUGGUGCCAGUGCUGCCCCCAGUAUUGCUGCUGCCACAUCCCGUGUAUCUGCUGCCCAACCCGGUGCUGCUGUAAUGAGGAAGCACUGGAACGGCAUCGGUUCAUGAAGCGGGCUCAGGCACUUGCGCCUUGGAUGUCGCCUAACAUGUUCUAUGGAGGUGGCGAUAGGAACUCGCAACUUUCCUCUUACCAGCUGAACCCUCUACUGCAACAAGAUGCGUCUCUGCAGAACAGCCUCCCACUGGUGCAGCCACCAGCUCAACUUGCCCCUAACAAGGGUGUUUUGGACUAUCUGGAGUCUGAAAUCCAGAAACUGAACCUGUCGCAGCCCCAGCCACCCCCCCACCAGCGGCAGGCUGUGCAGCCCAGCCUGCUGUCCUCCCUGGGCUCCGACAUCAUGCCACGCAGCAUAACAGGUCCUCCUCCGCUCGCCGACCGCGUCCCCUCCUCCCAUGGGAGCAGCAACUCCUCACGGGCGCAGAGAGCUGCCCGCAGCCCCAGGCCCUGGGACUCUGCAGCAGAGAACAGGAGGGAAAAUCGGAGGUGGCCCUUGCCGUCCAGCGGGGAUUCUCGUUCCAGCUACAGUCGGGAGCCCCGGGACAGGCAGCAAGAGGACUAUCCUCAGCGGCAGAGGACAGGCGGCUACAACGGCAGGCCCCAGCACUCCAGGCGGGAUGUGUCACCCACCCGCCGGACUGAGAGGGCCAAAAGCAGCAGCAGCAGCUGCAGUUUCUAUUCGGAGGAGCCCAGGGAGCGCUCCGGCCACCAUCGUGGCUGGAGGCAGCAGCCGGCUGGGAGGCGAGAGUACCAGCAACACACCGGGAGGAGCAAUAACUCAGGUCACCGGAGGCACAGCUACUCUCCUCCUUCUCGCCGGGGGUCCUGGAGCUCCUCAGAGGAGCACGACCGUCUCCCAGCGACAAACCGCAGGCGGCGCAAUCGGUCUCGGGAAUGGCCAGAAGACAAACCCCCCAGUUACCGCUCACUGGAAAUCAUCCCAGAUCGGGACAGCAAGCACAGGGACGGUGCGGGACUGCGGUCGGACAGAGGGAGUUCCCACAGUGCAAGAAGCAUAGUCAUUUAAUGCCAGUACUGAAAGAACUGGGAUUCCCACUGGACUCCUCUUAGCUUUUCAGCUAUGUCAGUUGGAACAGCUGCUUUUAAUUGAACAGGCAACCAGCAAACAAGACAAAAGAUGAAGCUGCUUCCCCUUAAACUUGUGGCCCUGAAGAAUUUGUUUAGUGACCAUGAAAGCAAUACGUAACACCUUUUUGUUACUGCUUUGAUUUGGAGACUUAAGUUUUUAAUAGGCUGUGGUCCACUGAAAACGUUCUAUUGGAAACAGCAGAAUUUUUUAAUAAACAGUGUAUUCCCAGACUUCAAAGAGAGACAUCAGUUGCCUUCGUUAGGUACCCUGGCACUACAAGGAGCCCAGUCUGUAGAAUGCCUGUCCUUUGCACACCAGUUACUGGAGAAUGACUCAGAUAAUCGCAGAGUUGUAAAGUCAGAACAAUAGAAUAAGUUGGAGAAGGCCUCUGGAGCUCAUCUGAUCAGGCCCCUUCAGAGACUGGUGCAGGGAGGCACAACAUCUCCUUUCUUAGGCCCUCUGGUAUACUUCAGAAUAUGUAAAACUUCUGCUUCUGCCUGGCUACUCAGCAUAGUUAGGCAUUUGCUUCCUUUUGUAUCUGGUAAGCCUCUGUUCCUAAAGGAAGAAUCACAGUGACAGAAGGAUGAUAGAAGGAUGUACAACUGCCUUAAUAAGGGCUCACUGGCACAACUGAAAGUUACCACCUCAUGCGCCCUGUAUUGACUGAAAUACCCUGCCCUCCGUUAAGCUUAGACCUUAGUACCUAUAGCGAUGCUUGUUCUAGCCUUUAAAGCAGACUUGAAUUUAUUUGUAAAUGUAAUGGGCUAAAUUUACCAAAGCUUGGUUGUCCCCACAGGGACUGAGCAAGGUAUGACUAGUGUCCCUCAUAUGGUGGACCAGAACUUCCUUCAACUCCAGGAAGCAUGACUUUGAUGGUUGUAUGCUUCCUGAGCCAUCCACUCUUUUCUAUGCGUUUUAUGUUCUCCCUUUGCUCGCUGUGCCAUGUAUGAUAUACAUGGGGUGGGAUAAAGGGCUCCGAAGAAGUCUUACGGUCGCAAUUUUUACUAUUGUCUUCUUGAUCUUUACCCCGACACACACCGGUUCUGAAUACAUGGUGCAUCUGAUCUACAGCUAGGUUGCAGGGUUUUCUUCUCUUACCUUGCAACCUGAACACAGGAUUUCUCUGUGCUUUGAGACCAGCUGCAAAGGGGAGUGGCUUGCCAUUUCUCUUUGAUGUGAUUCAUCCCUUGUUUUCAUUUAAGAUGUGCUGGAAAAAUUGAUGUUCUCUGGGUGUCGUAGUUGCAUGCUGGCUGCUUCCACAGAAAACUGGCUUGCCAAAGGCACUUCUGGAUUCAAGACUCAACUGUUGGCAAGGAGCUUUAGGAGCAUCUUGUGAAUUAUUGUGUAACCCACAGGCACAGAGAUUGGCCAGUGUUAAUGACUGUAUUGCCCAGAUUAUUUCCCAACCAGUGCCACAUGGGACACUUUUUCAAUUACUUGUUCUUUUAUGUCCCAGUUACUGAUGUCCCUGGAAGACUGACUUGGGCAUGCUUUCAUUUUGCCCACCUCCCUUUUUCUUUUCUUUGGACAAUGAUGGGAAACAUAAUGCUAGAAGCAAGCACUCCUAGCUGGAUAUCUGAUACAGUUGCUGGUCGACCAAAGGCUACAAUGGAGAGAGCUCAUUUUCCUACAGUUUCUCGGCUGACAGUGCUUAUUUCUGAUUCCUUUGUAUGGAGAUAGAGCAGCAGGAUCCACUAGCUUCUCGACCCAGCCUAAAUGUCCAGGCUUCAGGGAAUGCCCCUUUCUCCUUCAAGAGUAGAGUCUAUUGAGACAUCAGUUGUGAUCCUGAUAUGGUAGCACGGGAAAGAGUUUCCGUUUCUUAGUGUUUAACUGUGUAUAAGCCAACACAUGUCCAGCAAGUUUUACCAAGAAAACCCAGAUGUCUGUGUGUAACAGCAGCAGUGUUUGAAGCUUGACGCUCUAGUGUGAGCACACCAACUGCAGAGGUUGCACUUUUUGAUCUAAAUACCGUGAAAGAGCCUUCCAUCGCUACUUGUCACUGUGGUCCCCAUAUUUGUGCCAUGGUGACUAACUGUAGAUUGUGUGAAUUCACGCAAAUCAUGCUGUGUGAAGUCUGAAGAGUUUUAUCUUUAUCAUGCUUGAGCUCCUCUUCAGUCACUUUGUUCACAGUUAUAGAAAUGUUAAACAAAACUCUUCAGGGAAAAAUGAUUAUAUCUCAGAUUUAAUUUUGUGACUUAAACUGCAGACAGAAGUCAAUUAGGUUUUCCAGCAGGGAAGCAGAAAUGGUACCAGGUUUGCUAAUAGCUGGUCCACAGAACACUGUAGUUCAUAAAGCACCAGUUGGUGGGCUGUGAAACAAUUAAAAAGGAAAUCUAUAAAUGCAUACUUUGCAACUGAAAGCAGGCAAAAAAGCUGGAAGGAAAUAGGCUACACUAUAAAUGCUCAUUUCUAUUUUUAAUUGGCUAUAAAUGAAAGUUUUUGCAACAGCACUGCUCAAUACUAUGUAUAUUCCCUUUUUUUUCCAGUAAGAUUACCAGAUCUUUGACAUUUUUAAAAGAGAGAUUGAAUUGAGUAGCUCAAAUACUACAUGCUGAAAGAAAUUACAGUAGGAAAUGGCCUAGCCUCAUUCUUUCUAGGCUGUAACUUACUGAUGUUUAAUUUUUUAGCCAUUCCAAAGAGCUGAUGUUCACGUGUCAGCCCAUUUGUGGUGAAAGAAAUUGGAUAUGUUUCUUAUUUUAGAGUUAUUGUCACCCUAGACUUUUGUUCUCCCUGUCAUGCAGUUGAAGGAACAUACCUUACUAUCAAGAAUGAAUUUCCUGUAUCAAGAGUGCCUUGAUAGCCACUGGAGUUAUCCUAAUUAAAAUAAUAAUGUAAUGAGUAAGUGACCAUGCCCCAUGGGGCAGAUAAGGACACCCAUGCUGCUUCUGUCAGCUGCUUUCUACCUCAGGCCAGAGAUUCAUCAAGAAAGAUUUAAAAAAAAAAAAAAGUAAUAAACUAUUUUUUCUUUGAUUCAGAAAGGACUUGCAAUACCUGGCUUUCUUGCUUAUUUGCAGAGCACCCUGCUAUUCCAGGAUGCCAUUCCAGGAACGGGGGGCAAGGGCUGCUUCUUGUGCAAUCAUUGAUCUGGGCUUGGCAAUUGCCUGUUUGGCAGGAGAAAGUGCUGAAAGGCCCAGUUGCUAUCUCUGGGGUUGUAUUCAUGAUAGGACUAGGUAAAGUUAGGCUAACUUGGUGGGGAGGGUAAGUUGCCUCAUGAUAGCAACCACAAUGCAAAGCUCCUCAGCUGUACAUAUCACUGCACAGGGCAGCUAAACCCCCUUGGUGUUACUACCUCGAGCAGCACAUCAGUUUAAAACACCCUCUGUGUACGGUCAGAGACUGCCGUUUGUCGAUCUGACGUAGGAGAAAGAUGAUGUGACGUUAAUUAACACCCAUAGUAAUAACUGCUCAUUGCUAUUUCUGUUAAGUUUAAUGCCUAUAAUGUGCCUCAUACUGGUGUUCUGAAUGUUAUUGCAGCUGUAAGAGCAGGUGGUAAAUGUGUAGAUUUUUUUUCAAUGAUUGUUGAAUGUAUCAUUAAAAUAUAAAGGAACUUACAAACUGUUGCUCCUGUGUGUUCUUCCUAGACCAUAAAUUGCUUUUGAGUAUUUUCACCAGAAGUGGAACUGAAAAUUCUCUGUUCUGACUUCUAGAAGUAACCUCGUUAGACAUUAGUAAGAAUUUUCUGUUGCCUUUUUUUGGACAAAAAUGCAAUAUGGUUUGUUUCCAUGAGUGUUUUUUUUUUUGGUCAGUGUUUGUAAUAUUUUCAGGAGUGUGUGUUUGUUUGUUUGUUUGUUUUUCCCAAGAAAAAAUUUAAUAAAUAUUUCACCAAGAAAGUAGGAAAAUUGUCUGGGAACCCAUUGACAGCCCUCUUGAAUGAAGUGCCCUGAGUUGUAUCACUGCUGCAAUCACUGACUUGGCUGCCCUGGCUGUGAAAGGGGAACGCUUACUUUCUGACUGGGCCCAGUCCCUCAAGCAGCCUGGGGAGAAAUUAUAUUUCCCCAGUCCAUGUUUUGACGGCUGGCUCAGGUGCAUGCCCAUCUUGUCAGCCUGUGCAAAAAGGCUUGGAUAUAGGGACAGAAGAACUGCGAGAGUGCUGCAUGGAUGUGCACGUUCACCUGCGUGCCUCAGUUGGUUAAUGCAUGUGUUGGAAACAGGGUGAAAUAUGGAUGAGCGUAAUAGCCACAAAUAAUUUGCAUCUGUCAGCCCGGGGAGAAUACAAAAUGGGCCUUCCCACAGGAGCAGUGGGAGCAAAAUUCAGCCCAGCUCUAGCUACUGUUAAUGUGGAAUUUGGUCAGCUUAUGAAAGGGGCCUCCAUGACAUGGUUGCCUGAAAAGUAGGGGACUCAGUGACCCAGGAGCUGCCUUCCACGUCUCCUAGGCUCAGGUCAGACUGACCCUCCAUUACCAAAUCCCAAUAACAGCAAAAGAGCAAAUGGGGAAACAAAGCAGGACCUUUGACCCCUUGCUAUCUCUAUAUUAGCUCUGCAUAAAUGCCGGUGUCUCAGAUGAGCAUCUACCUCAGCUUCGGCCUGAGAGAGAGAAAGCAGGACAGGUAAGAGCUGCACUGUCUGUUCUGGGUGGUAUGGACUUUGUGAAUGGUGUAUCUAGGAUGUAGAGAAGCGAGUGGAGGGGGAAGAGGGUGGGAGUGCUUGAGCAACCUGGAUUGAAGUUAAGUGAUGGAUGGCUCCAUAGGACACUCAUAGGAGUGUCGAGCCCAUGGUAGGGAUUACAGAGUUUCAGUGUUGGAAGAUGUAUAACUUUUUUCCCAGCUGCUCUCAACACAGGGGCUACAGGCUUUAAAGCAGGUAAGAUCCUCUUGUAAAGACGCUCCUGGGAAGCAAAUUUCUAACUUUUGUCUACAGAGGGAGAAUUUGGCUCUAGGAUUAAAAAUCAAGGGAGGGUGGUAACUGAGGAACUGCUGCUAGCUGGCAAAUGUCUAGUGAAGAUGGAGUGGUAACUUUUUGAGGUAAUCUGUGCAUAGAAGGAGAACAAAAUGGAAAUCCUCUUACUCUGGAAUAAGAGGGAGCACUGACUAGUGCCACUACCUGGAACAGGAUUUAGCAAAGUAUUCAUAAGGAAUAGGCUUGCAGCCUUUUUUUGAUGUUGCAGGUCUUAGUACUGCAAUGUUUACUUUGUGUUGUUCUGACAUGCCACCCUGUAAUUCAGGCUGUAAUCAAUUUUAACUUCUAAAAACCUUUCUAAGAACACUGUGCUUGAAAAUUUUGUUUAGAUGCAAUGUCAUCCUUUCAAUGUACUAAGUACCAACUUUUUAAGAGUUCCUCUGCCUUUUUUAAUAGACAAAAGAAUAUUGGAUGAGGCUGAAGUUCGUACUUAUUCCCUUCUAAAAAUGUGUUCUGCCUGGGUUGCUAUCUGAUUCACUAAUCACAGCGUGGAAAAGAACCUGGUUGAGUCUUUUCUCGACUAGUUCAAGACAAGAUACUCAGAUCACUGGGUCGUUCAGAUCGUUUUAUAUGAAGCACUGACUAGCACAAGGUUCUUACAGCCAUUUGCAAGAAAUCAAACCAGUAGACUUAAUAGACUUUUUGCAGUUGUACCUAUGUGUAGAAGAAGCCUAUUCUGACCACUGCCAGUUUUAGUUGUUUUAGACAGUUGUUGUUAGCCAGUUUUAGUUGUUUGCUCAAAUACUGAAACAAGGAAUUUUAGUUCUCU